GAACAUUUUAUGCUUCAUGCAACAGCAACAACAAAAACUAGAACAAUAAUAGCAACUUAGACAGCAUCUGUAGCAGCAGGCACCACAACAACAACAACAGACAUCCCAAAUAACACAAUGGAAUGAUGAAUAAAUGGCAUGUGUUUAUCCCGCACUUCGAAACAUAAUUUUGUUACGACUAAACUAUAUAGUGAUGGAUAUGUUGGAAAUAUUUGAAAACCUUAACAGAUAAAUAAGAAAAUAUUACACAAAAUGAUGAACAGCCAGUUGGGCAAUGGUGAACAUGAAGUGGAGGAAUAUGAGGUGGACUCAAUAGAGAUCAACAAUCGUUCAGAUCCCAUUUACUCUAUCAAACCGGAUUUCAUAACACAAUGGCGCUUGAAAAAGGAACGUGAAAAUCUUUGUAAAUCCAUUUACAAUCGUUUUGUGGAGCAUAAUGAGUGCAAACGUCUAUUGCAAGCCUUUAUUGGUGAUAAUGAUGAACUGGAAUUGUGGAGUAAACAGGAUAUUAAACAAUUGGUGGCCUAUAUUAAUGAAAGCACAAAUGGCACUACAAUUGAGGGUAAUGCCUCGAGUGAGGUGGAAGGUCCUGCCUUGGUAUUGCCACCCUUCGAACUGUGGCAAACCAUAGCGAUAGCAGUGUGUUUGGCUAUUUGUAUCAUUUUGACAGUGGGUGGCAAUAUUUUAGUGCUGCUGGCCUUCAUAGUGGAUCGUAAUAUACGACAACCCAGUAAUUAUUUUAUAGCUUCCUUAGCUGCCACGGAUAUGCUGAUAGGUACCGUUUCCAUGCCUUUUUAUACGGUCUAUGUAUUAAUGGGCUACUGGGAUUUGGGUCCUUUGUUAUGUGAUCUCUGGCUUUCGGUGGACUAUACUGUGUGUUUGGUUUCACAAUAUACGGUGCUGCUGAUAACCAUAGAUCGUUACUGUUCGGUAAAGAUAGCCGCCAAAUAUAGAAGUUGGCGCACCAAACGGCGCGUCAUAUACAUGGUGACAAUAACUUGGAUAAUACCAGCCUUAUUAUUUUUCAUAUCCAUUUUUGGUUGGGAACACUUCACCGGUAAACGUGACUUGUUGCCCGGUCAAUGUGCUGUACAGUUUCUUAAGGAUCCUGUAUUUAAUACAGCCCUUAUCAUAGGUUACUAUUGGACUACACUGAUAGUUUUAUUUGUGCUCUAUGGUGGCAUUUAUAAAACAGCCUAUGAAAUGCAGAAACGUAGCGAAGCUAAACAGCGUAAAAUGCAAUCUAUGGUGGCUUUAAGUGCAGGAGCCAUGUCCGGUAUGGCAGGUCAUGCCGCUGGUAUAGGUGUUAUAGAGGAGAAGAUACUCAAAACCAAGGUGGAAAUGGCCGGUGGACAAAAUUCAGAAGCCGCUGAAAUGGUUAAACGUUACAGCGGUUCGGGACAAUCGAAUCCUUUGGCCCAGGCGGCUGAAAUCAUUAAUGGCGCUUUAGUGGAGGCAGUCAAUGAACAACGACGUAUAUCCGAUGCCAAAGGAAAAACAGACUCAAAACCUGAUUCGGGAGAAGUAGAGAAGAGUGAGCGUUCCAGCAGUCCAGCUUUUGAUUCUGAUGAAGAAUCCUCCGUCAAUCAGGUGCAGCAGUUUAUGAAUCAACAAAAAUUGGCCAAUUUGCGCAAACGUUCUUCCAUUGGCUUGGUGUUCGGAGCCCAGGCAGCUUUAAUAGCCACCCGUAGUAAAGGUUUGUGUACUCCCACCUCCAAAUCCAGUGAAGCCAUGCCUUUGUCUUCUGGAGCAAAUUCUCCCAACCAAAGCCAUAAACUAGAAAGAGCACAAAGCAAAGAGGAAAUUAGUCGCCAUUCAAUGGCGGAGAAAACUAAGAGAACCUCUUGUGCUACACUCUCCCAAAUCGUUGAAACCGAACGCAAACCCAGUAUAGUAGCAACUACUGUACAACCUGAAGACAAUUCACCCCUAUCUCCUGUCGAUUUGGCUCCCAUUGAUGUACCCCGUGAACAAGUACAGCAUAGUCUGGUACAGGCUAUAUUACCUCCUCCAGAACAAUUCCAAUGUGCUUCUUUGUUUUCCGAAUGCUCGGAAAAUCCCUUCGGAGAUCGCAGUAGCAACAGUGAACUCCAACUUACCUACGACAUGAUGACAAAUAAUUCCGAAAUACGUUAUAUGGAUGAAAGUUCCAUAGUCUUACCUUCACCCACAGCAAAUGAUGGCAGUCAGAGCAGCUCCUAUCAACUCCCCAAACAGCCACCAUUGAAAAAAAUCACAAGUGCCGGCUCUCCUUUGCGUGCCAAUCAAAUUGCCAGUAGUCCUACACUGCUAUCGCAGGCUUUGCAAAAAGCCCAACAGCAGCAACAACUAGAACAGCAAAAAUCACAACCUCCCUCGGAACCACCACCAACACUACCACCAUGUUCCAAUAAUAACAAUAAUGCACAAGGUGAUUCCCUAACCCUUAUAUCCACCGAAAUCUAUUUUGCUCCCAGUUUUGAAAAUCCCCCACAAGAUGUUGAAAUUGAAAAACAAUUACUCGUUUCCUAUACAGGUUUGGAAGACUUUGAGAAGAUACGACGCGAAAGCUGCAUAGAUCUCAUGAUACUACCACAUACAGCCAAACUGUUGGAGGAAGAGACACAGGUAAGGCGUAGCUCCAGCCCACCCACGGCCGGUAUUAUGCCCAGCAAUGGUAAUGCCAAGCAAACUACAACUGCCAUUAAAACGGAAACGGCGACACCUACUACCAACACCACUCAUACGACUGGUGUUAACAAAAGUCUUGAUAAAAUUGAGGAACGAGAGACCUCCGAUACUACCAACAAAAUUGCCUCCACCUCGGGUACUACUAGCUCGGCAUCGACCGGUUUACAAAACACUUCGGCGGGGCCAAAACAACAGUCAGGCUCGGUAAAGUCACAAAAGAAGUCAACGACGACGUCAACGGCUAACACCAAUCGCAGUUCCAGCAAAAGAGCCUUCAUCCAUUCCAUAGGCAAACACUUUAAAAGUAAAAAAGCCACCAUACCCCUGGUCAUCGGAGUGGGUAGACAAAAAUCCAAAUCCGAAAAUCGAGCAAGAAAAGCAUUUCGUACUAUUUCCUUUAUAUUGGGUUGUUUUGUGGCCUGUUGGACACCCUAUCAUGUCCUGGCCUUGGUUGAGGGUUUCUGCCGUAACCCGCCCUGUACCAAUGAGCAUUUGUAUAUGUUCUCCUACUUCCUAUGCUAUGCCAAUAGUCCCAUGAAUCCCUUCUGUUAUGCUUUAGCCAAUCAACAAUUUAAAAAGACAUUUACAAGGAUACUUAAGGGCGAUUGGCAUAUGACUUAAUUGAUGAUAAUAAUAUUAAUAAAUUAAUGAAGAUAAAAUACACUGGCACUCAUAUACACCCACACAUACAGUGUGGAACAAAACUAAUUGAACUGAAGUUUUUUUUACAUUUAA